AUGAUAAAAAUCACGCCAGUUCAUCUCGCGCCAAAUGCAUUUCAAAAAAUGUCAUGUAAGUUGGCUAUACAAUUGUUGAGCAGAUCAGUAGCAGCUUCAAUUAAAACUUGUGUGGCUACGGGUCAGUUAAAAUCUUCAACGGCCAUCAACACUGCAAACUUUUUUAUAACAGUAAACGUCAUAUUUGAUUCUGGAAAUAGUAAAAAUCUUUUUGAUAACAAUCCCAAUAAACGUCCACUGAGUGUAAAAAAUCCACAAGUAUUUUCAAAUUUAAAAAAAUCAAUUUCAACAUUUAAAAAUCUUGUUAAAAUUAACCAUAAAAAUAAAAAAAAAAGUACUCCACCGUGCUUUUCAGGAAUGGUUUGGACUUCAACUGCGUUGCUUAAUCUAUACGAGUCAGAACUUGUGGAAAUGACUGAAAAAUAUCCAGAAAAUGCAUUUUUUUUUAUGACUAAUCGGUUAACCCAAGAUCCGUUGGAAAAUUUAUUUUCAAUAAUAAGACAAAGAAAUGGUUAUAACAGAAAUCCAACCGCUCGUACUUUUAGGUGUUGUUUUGGAAGCAUCUGUUCAUACAGUUUGAUGAAAUGUUCAGACAAAUGCAACUGUGAAGAAGAUGACGAUGAAUAUUUAAAUGUUGAUGUUUUAAAAGAAUGUUUAAUUGAUCAUCCAAACCCAGAUUUGAUAGAAACUGAUCUCGAUGAAGAACAAAAUAAUUUAGUGUCUGAUAACUCAUCGGAAACCAGUUCAUUAUCUUUAGACUGUAGCCCUAUACCCGCUUCACUGGAAACAUGUACUGUUGUUUAUUUCUCAGGAUAUUUAGCAAAUAAGUGUCUCGAGAAAUUUAAAUGCGUUGAUUGUUAUUCAAAUUUGAUCACUGAAAAAGAUCUUAAUGAUAAAAACCAAUUAUUAUUAACUUAUAAAACGUUUGAUAAUAUAUUUACUAAUACAAAAGGUUUGAAAAUGCCUUCAUCCAUACUAUUGAAAAUAUCAAAUAUUUGCCUUGCUAUUUUUGAAAGGAAAUUUGAAGACAUCAAAAUUGAAAAAAAAGUAGUCACUCAACUUACAAACGAUGCUACCAAGAAAAUUGUUAAAAAUACCUCAAUUUUAAACUCUUCGUGCAAAGAUCAUUACAUGUACAUAAUAGAGCUACUUUUCAGAACCAAAAUGUAUAAAGAAUGCAAAUGGAUUACAUCAAAACUUCAUGACAAAGAAAUUCAACAGGUGGAUAAAUUAAAGAUAUUCCGAAACAAUUAA